UGGUAGAGCCGCUCUAGCCACUUCCCGUUCCUCUCUAUAGCAGGCGGUGCGCUUCCGUCGGUGGCCAGCCCCAGGCGAGCGAUUUCCGCUUCCGGUGUCCUUGUUUCCCGGGGCGAGGUGAAGGGACCAGAGCCAAGAUGCUGCGGAACCUGCUGGCUCUUCGGCAAAUUUCCCAGAGGACCAUAAGCACUGCUUCACGCAGACAAGUUGCAAACAGAGUUCCAGAGAAGCAGAAGCUUUUUCAGGAGGAUAAUGGAAUGCCAGUGCAUCUUAAGGGUGGACUAGCAGAUGGUUUGCUGUAUAGAACCACCAUGGCUCUAACGGUUUUUGGAACAUGCUAUGCUGUUUAUGAGCUGUUUGUAGCUGCAAUGCCCAAGAAAUGAUUCCAGUUUACAAGAUGCCUCCUUAACUACCAUCUUCUUAUCCAAUUUCGUGUAAUUCUUCAGGGAUCUUGCUUGUCCUUGUCAUAAAUGGUUGAUUUCAUGUUUGGGAUCAAUAUUUAUUGUAACAUGUUAACUGCAACCAAUAAAGCAGUUUUUACAUGA